GCUCCUCCCCCCUCCCCUCCCGCCUCUGCCCCUGCCCCGGGGCGGCGGGUGGCGCUGGCCGCGGCGGCUCGGGGCUCGGUGUCCUUGUGCGGAAAUGACACACGGUCCCGUCACGUCACGCGAGAGCGCAGCGCGCGGACCCUCGCACACAAAGAGCGGGGGGGAAACGCGGGCAGCAGCGGCGGCCGCUCCAGCCGCCCCCGCCGUCCCGGGGCUCCCGUGGCCCCGCGCGGAGACGAGGUGAGUGCUGGCAUCUCCCAGGCUCCGUUGCAUGAGACCUAGCAGUGGCUCAGCACAGGUGUCUGUACAGCACCAACUCUAGUAGCUAUCAAGGCAGUUUAGAUGGGAAGUGAAAUAGAAGAUGAAUUCAGCUGAAAUCAGUGAUGAUGAUGAAGUAAGAAUUCCUAAAAAAAAAAUUGUGAAAGUAGAAACAGAAAAUGAAGAUGAAGCUCUAGACUGCUCAGUAACAUCCAGAUCUGCUGAGAAACACUCACUGGAUGGCACAGUUACUUGCCUACAGGAUUCCAACAAACGGAAGCAGACCUCACUUGGUUGUGAUGGUUCAGGGAGCCAGCAAGAUGUCUUACCCAGUGUGAAGAAAAGACGCUUUACACAAGAGGGCCCCCUUUCAAACAUGAAGAACAGAGAUACUGGCUCACCCACUCAGGUAAAUGCAGAGCAGACAAACAAGAACAAGAAUCCUAACGUAACAUGGCUCAGUGAAGAAGAUUCCUUCAGUGAUAUAACCACUCCAUCUUAUAAAAAACCUCUCUAUGGCAUCUCACACAAGAUCACGGAGAAGAAGAAUCCACCAGGAGCAGAGCAGUUUGCUUCUUAUGAGUUGUUUGAAAAAAUCAACCCCAGCAGUCCCUCGCAUCUUCGGACUUUGAACGAUCAACGCAAAAGGGACUCAGCUGCAGCCAUUGCUGUAGCAGCAGCCACUGCAGAUUCUGAUGCAAAUAUAUACUCUUUGAUACAGAAAAUGUUUUACACGCUUAACACCCUCAAUACUAAUAUGACUCAGCUUCACAGUAAAGUUGACCUGUUGUCUCUGGAGGUUAGCAGAAUUAAAAAGCAAGUCAGUCCAGCAGAGUCUGUUGCAGACUUCAAGCCUCCCCCAGAGUACCAGCUGACUUCUGCAGAGCUCAAACAAAUCAUGGAUCAAAGCACGUCAGGCGGAGACUUAGCUUGCCGGUUGCUAGUGCAGCUUUUCCCAGAACUCUUCAGUGACGAUGAAUUUAGCAGAAGCUGCAGCGCAUGUGGCUUUCUAAAUAAAAGGAAACUUGAAUCUCUUCAUCUGCAGCUUAUCCGUAACUAUGUGGAAGUUUGUUAUCCUUCUGUGAAGAACACAGCAGUGUGGCAGGUGGAGUGUUUGCCCCAAGUCAAUGAUUUUUUCAAUAGAUUUUGGGCUCAAAGGGAAAUGGAAAACAGUCAGCAGAAUGUACAGUCAUCUAGCUUUUAUGAGACUGAGCAGGUUGAAUCCUCCCAUUAUAUGGAGGAUAAAGAGCAGGAGGAAGCUUUAUCCUUGGACAGGAGUAAUGUCAUUGCCUCAGAUUACAUGCUGGAUGCUCAGGAUCUCAAUGAAUUUUUAGAUGAAGCUUCUUCUCCAGGGGAAUUCUCUGUUUUUUUGUUACACAGAUUGUUUCCGGAACUCUUCGACCACAGAAAAUUAGCUGAAAGGUACAGCUGCUUUGGAGAUUCUGGGAAACAACUGCUGGAUCCUCAUCGGCUUCAAAUAAUCCGUAGGUACACUGAAAUUUACUUUCCAGAUGUGCAAGAUGACGAAGCCUGGUUGCAGCAAUGCAUUCAAAGAAUAAACGAUGAACUUGAAAAUACAUAUAUGGAUGGAAGCGAAUGUGAUCAGAUGAGAGAUGACUGUUACGAUUCUUCUAGUUUACCAGAUGAUGUAUCAAUCAUAAAAGUGGAAGACAGUUUUGAGUAUGAAAAACCUGGCAGACGCUCAAAAAAAAUAUGGCUUGUACCCAUAGACUUUGACAAACUUGACUUUCCCCCUCCUGAUUUUGAUGUCCCUGUCCCAGAUUACCUGUUGAACAAAGAACAGAUUAAAAGCAUAUAUGAAAGCAGUCUUUCUAUAGGCAACUUUGCCUCUCGAUUGCUUGUUCUCUUAUUUCCUGAACUUUUUACUCAUGAAAACUUACGGAAGCAAUACAACUGUAGUGGAUCUUUAGGCAAGAAACAGCUUGACCCCACUAGAAUUAAAUUAAUUCGGCAUUAUGUGCAGAUACUGUACCCCAGAGCAAAGAAUGACAGAGUGUGGACAUUGGAGUUCGUUGGGAAGCUUGACGAGAGGUGUCGGCGAAGAGACACUGAGCAAAGGCGCACAUACCAACAGCAACGGAAAAUCCACGUGCCAGGGCCCGACAGGAGGGAAUUUCUUAGCUAUGCAAUAAACCCUGAGAGGUUUCGAGAAGAAUUUGAAGGGCCGCCACUGCCACCAGAAAGAAGCAGCAAGGAUUUUUGCAAGAUACCACUUGAUGAACUCGUCGUUCCUAAUCCUGACUUCCCUGUGCCUUCUCUGUAUUUGCUGUCUGAUAAGGAGGUAAGAGAGAUAGUGCAGCAGAGCCUGUCAGUCGGCAACUUUGCUGCCAGGCUUCUUGUAAGACUCUUCCCUGAACUCUUUACUGCAGAGAAUCUCAGACUGCAAUAUAAUCAUUCAGGUGCUUGUAACAAAAAACAGCUCGAUCCUAUCAGGCUGAGACUGAUCCGUCAUUACGUGGAGGCAGUUUACCCCGUGGAGAAAAUGGAAGAAGUAUGGCAUUAUGAAUGUAUACCGAGCAUUGAUGAAAGAUGCCGGCGUCCUAACAGAAAAAAGUGUGAUAUACUGAAAAAAGCAAAGAAAGCAAAUAAGUGACAGGCUCUUUAAAUUCCUAAGACUUUGACCACUAAAUUAUUGUCAGGAUCAUGCUUUGGUUUAGACUGAAGGGCCUGUCAGGAGCCAAGUGUGCUCAGCAUCUAGGAGAGUCAGGCACUAGGUUGUGUUUUAAUGUGUACAUUGCAUCGAUGUGGGCACCGCAGCAGUGGGAAGUGGCUUACUACAUUUGUACAUGGGUAAAGACCAUAAUUCGUUGGUGGUAGAGAUAUCAAUGAUUGAGUAAGAGCACGAUUUUCACUGGUACAAAUACACGUAUUGAGACUGUAUUACUCCACUCCCCAUUUCUGCAUCUUUUUAUCACUUUCUAAUAAUAAAGAUUUAUUUUUUUUUAAAUCAUGCUCUUCAGGGGCAAUUUUUUGUUACACCCUUAUAAACAGUCUUGUUAGUUAAUUCAGAGUUUGAAAUUUAAACUUAAAUUAAAUUUGAAAGUGCCAUAUUCAUUGGAAAUCAUUGGAAUAUUAGACUUUGCUUCUACAGUAUUUGCAGCUUCGCAUUUGUUUUGUUCUUGAUGAUACUGUGAAAGUGAGAAUAAUAAUACUGUGUCAAAGAAUGGGUCAGAGUGGUGUCAUUUGCAUUUCUGACUGUUACCAGGUUUUAUUUCUAAAACCAAGAUUAAACUGUUGAAGAAUUGAGGCGUGAGCAUAGAAGUACUGUGAAUGCCUUUUUUAUAUAGACGCCACAAGCUUUAUUCUGCCCCUGUGAGUUCGUUUUUUUGUUUUGUCCAGUGUCACUGCUGGUGUGACGGAGGGUGGCUCGUCUGAACAGAGCCAGCAGAACAGACCCAAGCCUAUACCCAUGGAAUGUCUUGCUGUUGCCUGCUUGCCACUCUAUUUGUAAAAUAACAAACAACAAUAAAAAGACCCAAAACAAGAACUUAGAAAAAUUUUAGACCUUACUCUCUAUGAAAAUAAUGAUUCCAAAGGUUUCCAGUAUUCAUGUUGAAUUGCAUUAUAAGAUGUAUGUGCAAAGACUGAUUCUGUGGUGGAAUUGUUUCAGGUUCCCCACAUAUGAGCUGUGGUAAUCAAUGUAACUUAUUCUUUGUGUGAAUGCAGCACCAUCUGGGUAUUUUGGAUGUAGGUAUAUUGAACUCUCUCUCACUCUGCCAAAUGGAUUUAAUGUUACUAGUAGCUGUUUGGAGGCAUAACUAUGUAGGUAUAACUUGGGUUCAUACGGUCAAGUUUGCAUCGUUAAUAUGUUCAAGUGUAACAAAGAACACCCAGAACCCAAUGUGAAUUUGCUGUAUGAUUUGUCACUGGAAAGUGCUGCUUAAAAACUAGUUUUCCUCUUUUUUUUUUUUUUUUUCUUUUUUUAAAUUUUAAUACUGAUAGAAGUGGUGAGAGAGAGUCAGGUAUGGAAUUUUAAGACAGUAAAGACAGCAAUCGCUUACUGACUGUUACUGGAACACCUUGGAGCAAUUGUUGAUGUUCUCUGUGGUCCUUUUGUUGUUUACUUAGAUGGGUCAUAGUAUCAAAUUUUAGGUCUGUUCCAGUGUAAUUUUGUAUUUUAGCGUUUGUAAGAAAGUACAAAAUACUUGGUAUUUUUACUUCAGAUUUUUAGAAUUUAUUGUUCUUAGAGUCAUAUCAAUCCCUUUCUUUUUAAAAAAAUGAAGUGUUCUUUCCUAAUGGCAAGAACUAGUUAAAAGUAUUAUGUUAAACCGGGAGUAAAUCAUGAUAGAUAGUAGCGUUUGCUCAUUUUCCCCAUAUGCUGGCAACAUUCUCAAAAAAUGUUUAAAGAAAGUCAUGAAUGUACUAGAUCCACUGAUACUGUUUAUAUCCAUUUAAAUGUUUUGUGUUGGUUUAAAUACUAGCAGACCAUGCACAAAAUGGAUAUCGAAGCAAAUAUGGCUAUAAUAAAAUGAAAACAUUUUACCAAAGAUAAAGAACUGAUACCACAAUGUCUGCAUCAUAUCUUUCCUUUUGGUUCAUAAAUUUAGCAAAUUGAAUGUACCAGAAACCAAGACUAUCUCUUGUAAUUGUAUGCUACCUAGCACCUCUGUGGAACUUUUUACAUGCACUUUUAUGGGAGAUAUAAAAUGACAGAAAUUAUUAACAGCUGCUUAAUUUGUUGCUGUGAAUAGCUGGCCAGAAGGUAAGAAAUAUAAUUCUAUUUUCUUACCUUAAUGUCAUACACAUUUCACCACUUUGUCAUGUCAAAACUCCCAGAAGAAUUCAAUAUAUAUUAAACUUUUGUACAAUUGCCAGAUGUUACUAGCUAGCAUGCAAAUCUGAGUGAUACUGCCUUUAUUGUAGAUGCUGACAUUAAGUAAAACAAAUCAGUCCAUUUGUAUUAUCUACUAAGUAGUGCAAAAGCUAUUUUCACCUUAAAAAAUCACAUUUUUGAAAGUGGGUUUAGAAAGAUUUUUAUUUUUUCUUCUCUUCUGUUUAAUUGCUGUGUACAUUCCUUUUAUCUCACUCUUCACAACGCUUUCAUGAUUCGUUUGAUUGUGUGUUUUAUAACUGGUAUCAAGAAAAUACAGACAUAUGAAUAGUGACAUAGUUCAUUAAUGAAAGCUCUUGCAGUACAUCUGAAGUACAGCCACUUCAUCCAGUUGGUCAGUCUUGUAAAUAAAUUAAAGGUAUAUUAUUUUCAUACAAGAGGAAUGUUGUCUGGUGAUUGCUUGAGUACAAGCAGGGAUUUUUUCCCUAUACAGUCUGUCACUAAGAUCUGAGAUAACCUUAGCUAGUCAGACAGUACAUAAAUUAAAAUACCCUGGUUUGCUGCAGCUGCUUAAAAAGAUUUUUCUGUCUUUCAGAAUUUUUAUGUUUAAAAGAAUAAACUUGUAAUUUUGCAAGUGAGGCUAUGAUAGGAAGAUUGGUAGAUAUCAAAGCGUUUGGAACAUACAUAGCCAUGGACACAUGGACUUCCCAUUACUUUCUACCUGCCAGGUCAGUAAACCCUGUUAAGGUGCAUAUCAAGGGUCUCUACUUCUUGUAGUUUAAAUAUAUCAGCUUUGGAUAAGCAUUGAAUACCUCACUUCUAACAGUCUCUAAAAGAAAGUGUAAUAUAUUAUGGCUCCAUAUUUUUAUGUCUUACCCAUUUUCUACAAAUUUAAAACUUACUUAGAAGCUGUGUAAAAGAUGUAAACCGGCACAUGAAAAAGGAGGUCAAGUUCCCAUCAGUUCAUUGCCCACUAACUGUAUUCAGGUGAUGGAAUCAAGUUUGCAAAUGAGAAAAAUCUUUACUUGAAGUCAACCACUUUGUGACACUAACGCAUUAAGGCCACCAAAGUGUUUCAUGUUCUAGGAAAUGUUUGUCACUGUUUUUUCUCCUCUUCAAAAUGCAUAUAAUUUAUUUCUAGAUACCUUUUUUAAAAAAAUGUCAUUUGUGUCUUUUCAGUUAUUGAUAUUUAUAUUACGAUAUAGCAGUGAGAAACAGAAUUGCAUGCUCAGUGCUCUACAAAGGCACAUCAGGUCUAAUUUCAUGCUGGAAGGGAUUACUGUGCAUUCUACAGCCGUGAGAAGCACAGCAAAUAAUAUGCAGGUUUUAUUCAUAAUUUAUUUUCAUUCAGACUUUGUUUCACUGAUUAAAGGAAUGUGAAAGAGAUGGAAAAUUCAGUGUCUUUAGCUUGCCUGUGCUAAGGAGGAAGCAUAAACUGACAAGUGUCAUUUAAGUUGAUUGUGUUGAAAAUCUAUGGGAGAACAAGAGUGGCAGGUUCAAGCCUAUGAUUUUUUUGAGUUAAGUCAAACAAACUCCAUCACUGUCAUUGCCAAGAAUUGUUCAGUACCUUAGUUUGACUUUCUGAUUUUUUCCAUUGUUACAGCAAUUCAGUUAACACCAAUGGAGUUAGAGAACUUCCUCAAGAACAUUCUGAAAACAUCCUUCUAAAUGUGCUUGAAGUUGUUUAAAAUAAAUAGCUGACAUGAUGGUUUAGUUCUCUCUCUUAAUUCUCUUAUGAUUGUCUUUGCUAAGAAAGACAGAAAGAGAUCCCCAUUUGUUUGUCUUUAUUCUUUCCUACCUACUUUUUUUGUCCUAGUAAAGAUAAAUUUCUAGUAGUAACAGUGCUUUUGAAAUCCUCACUGUACCUCCUCCAUUAUAAAAGCCGUUCAUCUAAACUUCUCACUGGUAGUGAUAGUCCUAAUUUCUUACAGAAAUUUCUCACAGAAUACAUAAUACUCAUAAUUGUCUUUGUCACGGCUCAUCUAAACCCUUGGAAAAGCUGUCUCUCCUGCAGCAGAGCGCUGGCUGAUGGAGCUGCCCUGGGUCGGGCAGUCCCACGGUUGGAAGCAGAUGACUCCUGACAAAAUCAAAACUCCAUCAUAUUCAUAACAUUUUCCUUAUACAUCAUCUGACAGGCAGGAGAUUGGCUCUUAAACUCUAUUAGUUUUGUCCAGCAUAUUCCUUUCAUUUUUGUCAUUUUCUAGAUGCUAUCUUUUCUAGUGAGCGUCCAGAAAAGCCUGUGACAUGGGCAGAUCCCCCGCUUACUCGUUUCCUGAUCUGUUCAGCGAUGGGGCUGUGGUCCCCACUAAGCAUUUUUCUUUCAUUAACAAUUCAGAAGGAAGAACUUUGAUUCUCAUAGGAUGGAAAGAGCUGUAAUAGAACAGAAGUAAAGCUGUUACAUGUUCUUUUCCUAG